AUGAGUAACAAUAUAUCAACGACUACCAUCGAUCCAGCUGUAGCUAGAUUAAAUGCUGCUCGUAUUGGAAUACAACAUAUUGGUCAACCAAUUCUUCUGACACUUAGCAUGACUGGAUGUAUAUUAAAUAUUGCCAUAUUUCUUCGUCCAGCAAUGCGCACAAAUUCAUGUGCUAUUUAUUUUCAUGCAAGUUCGUGGGCUAAUUUACAGUGUUUAAUAUGGGGUCUGUUUAUUAGUAUGCUGGGUGCUUUUCUCACCAAUAAUCCAUUAACAUAUAAUUCGGCAUAUUGUAAAAUUCGUUAUUAUAUACUGACUGGUUCUCAAUUGGCCAGUCGAGCAAGUGUAGCAAUUAAAGUUAUGGGCAUAACCAUUACCAGUUGUGCUUGUUUAUCAAUCUACCUACUGAUAGUUUAUGACGCACUUCCUCAAGCACGGCAAUGUAAUGUUAGUUUGGCAGUAGAACGAAUAAUGGAUACGACCGUUUUAUUCGCAUUUAAUUUUGGAACUCCCGCUUUACUAAUGAGUGCAUUAAGCGCAUUGAUUAUAUGGCGAUUGAAACAAAAUACUAAACGAAUUGGUCAUCAACGAGUUCAUCUACGUAAAAGAGAUCUUCAGCUUGCAGCUAUGCUUAUCGGACAAGUGACGCUAUACAUUAUAACAGCACUUCCCUUUGUUACCAAUUUUGUCUAUCUGACAGUAACACAAUACGAUUCACCAUCAAGUAAAUCAGCAUAUCGUGUUGCAGCAGAGGCUUUAGCUUCAACAGCAACGGGCAGUUUUGGUACCUUCAUAUUUAAUGCAUUAACUUUCUAUGUUUACACAUUGACAGCACCAAGUUUUCGUCGUGAACUAUUUGCAUUAAUCGUUCCGAAACGAUGGAUGAAUCGUUUUCAACCAAAAGAACACAUUGAAUUGUCCCGAACUAAUCGAGUCAAUCCAUCAAUGCGAAUUACUCAAGCAAAUGAUCCUCGAAUCUGA